AUUAAAAUUAUUUAAUUUAUUCUGUGGAGCCGCUAAAGUCGCGAGUGCAUGUGAAGUUCUGUUUGUGGAAAAAAAAUUUGAUAGGUCUAAAUUUCGGAUGUCUUGUUACGAAAAUAGAUAGCGAAAAUGGUACUGAUAGUGCGGUAAAAUAGUAAAAACUUCAUAGAAAGACUUGAGUCCCUGUUUUUAUUUCGUGCCAAGUGUCAGUAUUUAGUGAGGAUUAUGAACUUUGAGGACUAUGAAACCCUUCCGACCCAAAACUUCGUCACGCACAUGACUGCCGGGGCGAUAGCGGGUGUUAUGGAGCAUUGCAUAAUGUACCCGCUGGACUCCGUUAAGACUCGAAUGCAGUCUUUGCGGACGGCCCACAAUAGCACCAUAAGCGAAACAUUUCGGUAUAUGGUGCAGCGGGAAGGCUUAUUAAGGCCUAUCCGCGGAAUGUCGGCAGUGGUGCUCGGAGCGGGUCCAGCGCACGCAUGCUUCUUCGCCACAUACGAGCACUGCAAACUAACGUUAUCACAAAUGACCAGGCAUCGGCAUGACCACAUAACGCACGGUUUAUCUGGUUGUCUGGCAUCGCUAAUUCACGACGCCGUCUCAAAUCCAGCAGAAGUUGUAAAGCAGAGGUUGCAAAUGUUGAACUCUCCGUAUAGGGGUGUUUGGGAGUGCGCGCGGCACGUCUACAGAGCGGAGGGAUUGCGCGCCUUCUAUCGCUCAUACGGAACCCAGAUAGCCAUGAACGUACCAUUCCAGGCGUUACAUUUUGUCACGUACGAAUGGUGUCAGAGCGUACUGAACCCGGCUCGCAAGUACGACCCGCGCGCGCACGCGCUCAGCGGCGCGGCCGCCGGCGCGCUCGCUGCGGCCGCGACCACUCCGCUUGAUGUAUGCAAAACUGUGCUCAAUACACAGGAAUCGGCAGCGAGAGCGGACGGCUUGCUAGAAGCGGCUUCUCAAGUGAUGCGAGCCACCGGGCCCCUGGGCUUCUUCAAGGGCGUCCAGGCUCGCGUCCUGUACCAAAUGCCGGCCGCCGCCAUCUGCUGGCUCACGUACGAAACCUUCAAACACAUGCUCGGCAAUACGAAAGAAGACGAGAGCACGAACAGCGGAGCCGGGGGCCCGCCUCCCCCCUCCCUGUCCUCCUCCCCUUCCCCGCCCCUCGCGGCCGCGCUGCGACUGGCGGCCGCCUCCACGGAGGUGCCAGCCACCAACACCCUCACGAGGACGUAAGACUCCUUACAACAAACACGUAAAUACAAUUCGUCGUCACGGUACAGCAUCGAAAAAGUGGUUUAACUGCUAACUACCUUCUUUUUUUUCGUACCUAUGCUGAUAGCCUUAGCUAUUUCAGCUCCUCCUUGACGUGUAGGUGAGCUCACGGGGCUCAAAUCGGGUGUGUUGCUAACACUGGUCCUAGCAAGAGCAGUGCUUUGCUGACUCGUAUCGUAAACCCACUGAGAAGAUCCGGCGAGAAACUCAGUGGGCUGUGUCUAUGGAUUAAUUCCCUCGUCGAGCCCUUCGUCGCAAGCGACGGGUUCGACGAGGACGGUGACCGUUGUUUGUGGUGCCUAAAAGCACCGUUAAUGGAUCGGGAGGAUCCGUGAUGACGUGCUUAGGGCUGCUACCUACCGCCCGCUCAGGAUGUCAACAGUACAAUAUCACACCUUUAGAAUUGAAGUGGCUAAAUUAAAUUUCUUUUUAAGAAAAUAAAUUUUAUACUUUGAACGACUUAUAAACAUUUAUUCUAUUAGUUUAUAAAGUAAAAAAAAUAAAAUUCAAUUUUUUUUAAUAUUUUAGCCCACAAAAGAAAAAUGUUCACUUUUCGUCUCUUUAAAAUUAAUCGCAUAUUUUAAACUUUAACGUAUGCCCCCUCAAGACUCAAAGUAUUAAAAUCGAAACUGUAAAAAUUAUAAUUCUUCAAUUACAUUUUUAACGUUUAGCAAAAAGCAAGUUUUUUUGGAUUAAACCACUUCAAUUCUAAAAUUGCGAUAUACCAUCGCCCUAAUCCUAUAGUUGUAUUUUCGAAAAAUUUAGCAUUACGCAAAGUUUUAUGUACUACAGAAUAUUAUUUGUUAUAAUUAGAAUUAAAGAUUUAUAUUUAAAAAAAAAGAAGUUGGUAACCCUACCGGGCGCUGACGCGGGAUACUGUCAAAGAAGUGUUUACGACAGUCCAUGUAGAUCAGCACUGCAUAUGUUUCCAUCUUGUACCAUACAAUAUUGUCGUUCUUAAAGAUACGUAAUAAAAAACCGGUGAAGUCUUUAUAAAAAUGACGCGCAAUUUUUGGAAAACGAGUUUUUUCAUUAAGUGUGACGUCAUUUGGGGCCAAAACGUACAAAAAGCUCACCACAGAUUAUACACGAAAACACAAAAAUAUUGACCACAAUUGAUAUCGCGAGCUAAGUUUGGUGUUUAGCUUGACGUCAAAAUUUAAUUUUGUUGAUUUUGAAAUAUUUAAAAUAAUUUUACAAAAGUAGUGUUUUUUUUUUUUUUUAAUUAGAUAUUAAUAAAAAGUUCUUAUUUACAAUUUUCAUAUAAUUUCUUUGCUGAUGUUGCUCGAAGAUGACGACGAAUUGUUUUGUAAACCUUACAUCGUACAAUGCUGACGUCCUAACAGAAUUAUAUCCUAAUGCAGAAAUGUCUCAUGUUAAUUGGUUCGAUUCGAAUUCUAUUUAAUGUUGAAAUAAAUCAGUUCAAUUAUAUAUAUUUACGUUAACAAACCAAAACGGAAUGAUUCUCGUGUUUCUUUAAAUUAGAACAAUUAAUAAGAAAGUCAUAUUUGAACUACGUUGAGUAAAUUAGAACUAACAAAAAAACGUGUGGGGUUCAAAACUCUGUGUGUUGAUGUUACAAGGCAAAGCUAAAAAAAAUCAAGUCUUAAAAAAACAAAAUAAGAAUUAACGUAUUAAAUUUUUUUGAUUUUUGACAUUUCUGCUUUUUCAUUGAUUCUGUGGGGACUGUAAAUGCGUUGUUUAAAUUUAUAUGUAUAGUGAUGUGAUGAUGUUAAAUUUGAAUGGAAUUAUGAGGUGUUCUUGUUGAUGUUUUUCAUGAAUGCAAAAACCAUUUUAUAUUAAAAUUAAACGCAAUACCAAACAAUAAUAAUAAUAAUAUUUAAAUAACGUUUGCAAAAAGAUUUUUGACAAAAGUUGAGAAUUACCACGGGCUAAACAUAAAAUUGAAAAGCAUUAACAAUAAAUACCAGAACGCGCGAGGAGGCUUGUGCGUUUGUUUAUUUGUUUGUUUUUUUUUUUUUUUUGUAAUUGUAUGUCUGUGAUUCGUUUUUGAUUAUUUUUAUUCCGAUUUAUUAUUGUAUGUACACAUUUAACGCUUUAGUACAUAAUAAUUUUAUUAGCUAAGGGACUCCCUUCAAAUGUCAAACGUAAUGGUUUAUCUUGAUAUGAAUGGUCCAUAUACACGAAUGGCUCUGCGAAAAUUAAAUUUUUGUGAUAGAAAAUGUAUGUAAAUGAUUUUCUCAGUUGCCAGCGAUUUUUUUUUUCCUUUAAAUUUAGAACCAAUUCAAAAUACCAAUUUAGUUUUUAUAAAAAAAAAAAAGAUUUAAUGAUUUUUUUUAAAGUAAUGAAUAAGAUUAUGAAAUAAUUGUAAAUUAAUCAAGUGAACAAUAUAAAAAUUAGGCCGUAUAAAAUUUGUAAAUAAAAUAUAGAGUUGGCAACUAAAUUACAGAGCUUGCAACAUUUUUUUUUUAAUUUGACAAAAUCAGCUGUCACUUCAAUAUUGUCAGUGUCAAUAUCGGUUUUAAAUUUAAUUUCUAGCUUCUAAAUAAUACUCUGGUGCUCACACAUAACUUGUAUUAAAGCGUUAAUUCAAUUCUUUUUUAAUUCCACCACAAUUCCGCAUUGGUCAUAACAGCAGACAUUUCAGUAUUAUAAGAAGAAAGCAUAAAUUACGAUCGAAAUUAUUAAAAGCGCUGUUAUAUUUCGUAUUAAGAGAUUAUUAUUAGAUUGAUUUUUGAAAAAUACAUCUCUAUAGUUCACCAAAUUCUUUUUCAGUAUAAAAAUAGUUUUUGUUCAAUAUUUUCUAAAUCGUUUCUAAUACUAGGAAUGUCAAAGUGGAUGUCGUUUUAAUUUUCAAAUCAUUUGAUUCAGUUAUUUUUGUAUGUCAUGAAUGGGUUCUGUUUAAAUGAAUAGAUGAGCUUAAAACAGAAGUUCCGUUGUCUUGAAUUGAUUUCGCGCUGGCGAUGUCAAAACGCUAACAUUAUCUUCCUACUCGCUGAUAAACGUGUACAUAAAAAAUAUUGAUACGAAUCGUGUGUCCCAUUUUAAAGUGGUUCACACUAUAAAUAAUAUGAAAAUGAGUUAAAUUAAUGUUUUUGUCUUUGAGACGAGAUAGAUCGAAACAGCCAUCACAUGCGCCCGUGUCUUUGUUACCACAUAUUCGAAUAAGAUUUAUAAAUAACACAUACCUUUUAAUUUUCAUUUGCUUCAUUCAUUUAAUUUACUCUAAAUUCAUUGUGUAUACUCUCGCGGAUAUUAGUGCCUACAUUUAUUACAAUUCUCUAAUGUUGCCAGCGCAACUGACUCGGUCUCAGAGGAGCAUACGUCGAUCGUCGCUAAUGGCCGCUAGUUUCGGUAAACUCAAGCCGUGCUGUUAAGAUUUGCGCAGCGUGUAACGGAAUCCCCUUUUCAAAGCCACUGAAGUCCUAUUUUAAUAAUAAAAAUAUUCAUUAGGCCGUUUUAAUGUUUGUAGUUUUACAAAACGAACCCGCAAUGUAAUAGAAAGGCAGCUUUCUCGCGCUCCUAUGAGACCGUAGCAUUAAUAUCUAUUUGGACUAGUUUUCGCCCGUUUAGUCAAAAUUCGAUCUUACAACCAACACCUUAAGAUUUAGAUUCAUUUUAUUGCAUAACGUUUGCUCUUGUUAGGUUGUUUACACUUUUGUCUGUGAAGGUAGAAUUUUUUUUUUCCAAUUUUUGUUUUAAUUGAAAACUAUAGUCCGUCUAUGGUAUAGGAAAUAACAAUGACUCGAUAGAGGAGAAGGCGCUGAACUGUUUUGUCUCUGCCUAUUCAUGUGUAGAUUACAUUGCGUGCAAUGCAAGCAACAUUUUUUUAAUCUACCGCCUAUCUUCGUUAUUGAAAACAGUCCUAAUAUAUCUCGUAUAAAAUACCCCUUCUUAUUGCUUUAUUACUAACAUACCCCUUACAUAAAAUACCCCUUCUUAUUGCUUUAUUAGUAACAUCACAGUGAACGGUUUAUUGCCUAAUCCCAAUCGUACUCUGAGAAGGCAAGUCGGUAUUGUUCGUGAGUGUAAUUCCUUACCGUCAUAUUUUGAAAGUGUCAAUUGUGUUUUAUUUCGGUGGUGGUCAAUUUUUGUUUUGGUUUUUUAAGCUCACUGGGCGUACACAGUGAGAUGCUGUUUCGACUCUAGUGAGAUUAGCUUAGAAUAAUAUAUUUUAUUUUUGUAAUAAUUCGCGCACAUAAAUCUAAAAAUAGACGCAGACGAAUACAGACGCUAUAUUUUUUUUUAUAUGUCUAUAAAAUAAUCGUUGAUACUAGUCACAAGGAAAAUAUUAUUUUCGUAAUGAAUGUAAUAAGAAGUUUUUCGUUGCGAAAACUUUCAAAUCCCAGAGCUCAUUUAAAGUCACAGCACGUGUAGUACACUGCUAGUUGGUCGCACGUCAGCAUCGUUAGUCUGCCGCACGUGUCUACCACUAGUCGGCAGCACGUGUGCACCACUAGUCGGCAUCACGUGUGUACCACUAGUCGACAGCACGUGUACAUUGCUAGCUGACAGCACGUGUGCACCACUAGUCGGCGGUGUCGUGACGAUUUGAUUCAAUAAAAAAUCGUUUACUAAAAAUGUAAAGUUAUUGAGUACAAUAGUGAUACGGAAUUGUCAAAAUCGAUUGUUUUAAUAUAAAUCAUAAAACUAUAAUCAAUAUGAUUCGUGUAUCUAUCUAUAUGUAAAUAUGUUUGAGCUUCAUUGAUGUGUGGGUCACUCGAAUGUGUUAUGCCGGCGAACAAUUAUAUAGACUUAUUUUAUAAAAUUAUCUCAAUAAUGUUAAAAGACGUGCUUGAUUAAUAUUUGGCCUACAACAAAAUUUGUAGUCGUGCAUUUCUUUACAACAUACGGCUUUGUGUUUAUUGAAGAGGUAUAAAUGAUCGGGGCUUUGUGUUGAGAUAACUCAAUUACAUCCUAGAGGAUGAAAAAUAUGUUGGCGGUGCUAUGUAUAUUGUGAUGAGAGACUUGUGUGUGGUGUAGCGUUUUGUGAUUGCGACGAAAUAUUGAACGUUUUAACUUUUAACCAAUGCACUUUCUGUGUAACGUACUCUAUGACGCUCAAACUUGAGAAAUUGAAUUCUUUUAAAGGCUAUUUUUGAAUUUUAAUUCCCGUCAAAUUUUAAUUUCAACCCGCCAGCAGUCACGGAACGUUAUGAAGGAGUGGAUAGCUCAUUUGAAUUCAAAAUUAUUAUGUUACUGUUUGUGUACAUUAUUAAUUAACUAUAUUUGUUAUAUUUAUGUGUUUAAAAUGUAUAAUAGAAUGAGUGGAAGCUCUUUUUUUUUUUUAAAUUAAGUGUUUUAGAAUUUAAUAUAGGAAUUUGUGUAGCGGCGAGGCCGUUCACCGCUCGUUGAAGAGUGUAAAAUCAAUGAAAAUAAAAACAGUUUUAAGAGGAGAGAAAAAAAAAAUGCAAAACGAAAUAUAGUGAAUAAAAACAGUUGGACAAUA